AUGGGCUCUGAAGUAACUCCCAGAAGCUUGGAUCUGCUUCUCAAUUUGUUUCUGCUGGCAACAUUGAGCUGGACCAGCCGAAUUCUGGCGGAGACACUGGAUGUGCGCAUUUCUGACACCAAUGAGAGGGUGCAGUUCCCCUUUCACAGCUGUGAUCUGAUAAGAGAUGGAACUUGCCUCAUAGUGUCUUCAGAAGCUGACAGCUACUAUGGGGCCAAAACUCGCUGCCAGGUGAGAGGGGGAACUUUAGCUGAGAUUCACAGCCAGAAAGUUCAGGACAUCCUAGUGUUUUAUGUAGGUGAGCUGGAGGCGAGCAAUGAAGUCACCAACACCGACUUUGAAACGAGAAACUUCCGGAUAGGCUUGACAUAUAAGCCUCUAAGAGACUCAUUUCGCUGGGACACAGGAGAGCUCCUUCGAUUCAGCAGCUCUGCCUUUGGGCAACCUGACAACCAAGGCUUCUCAUUUUCUGUGCAGUUUCAGAAACACAGAAACUGGAAUGAUCAGCGCUGCAAAACCAGGAGCCGAUACAUUUGCCAGCACGUAUUGUUCUGCAUUUGUGGCACCAACUGCACCGAGGCCAAAACCCAGCAGGCUGUGAAGCUGAUCCGUUGGCCUAAAGGGUAA